GUGUAACAAAGUACAUCUAAUAUAAUAAUAUAAAACGAACAACUCUAUAUAGUUGCAAUAAAAAAUUGUAUAGAAAAUACAGUAAAGAACAAAAUGUUACGUCUAAGUAUUUCGGUUGGACUGUUUAUUUUGUAUGGAACUGUCUUGACAAAGUAUGUAAUGUCUCAUGGCGGAUUACAACAUUAUGUUUCACCCGAAACUAAUCAUGCUUCACGAAUCCGAAGAUUUGGUUUCACACAACUAGAUGAGCUACGUCAAACUUUUUGUCACUCGUUUUGCAAAUCUGCAGAUACCAUGCCAUAUUUCUUUAAUUUGGUGUGUAUUGUGAAAUGUCCAGAAUUGUGUUUACCACAUCGUACGACAACGGAAAAUACAACAACGGAAAAUAUAUCAUCUACACCAGCAGAAACUGCUCCGCCUGCACAAGGACCGAACUCAAUGCCCCACUCAGCACCAGAAAUGGGCGUAAUGCCUCAGUCCGGAUCAGGAUCGAACACAGCACUCCCGUCCGGAUCAGGUACAGGUGGAACGUCUCAGAACGGAGCAGGUCCGAACACAGGACUCCCGUCCGGACCAGGUACAGGUGGAAUGUUUCAGUCCGGAGCAGGUUCGAACACACCACUCUCGUUCGAACCAGGAAUAGGUGCACCAUCUCAGUCCGGAGCAGGUCCGAACACAGGACUCCCGUCUGGACCAGGUACAGGUGGAUCGUCUCAGUUCGGAGCAGGUCCGAACACAGGACUCCCGUCUGGACCAGGUACAGGUGGAUCGUCUCAGUCCGGAGCAGGUCCGAACACAGGACUCCCAUCUGGACCAGGUACAGGUGGAACGUCUCAGCCCGGAGCAGAUUCGAACGCAGCACCCCCGUCCGGACCAGGUACAGGUGGAUCGUCUCAGCCCGGAGCAGAUUCGAACGCAGCACCCCCGUCCGGACCAGCAGGAACUAGUCCGCUUGCACAAGAACAGAACUCAGGGCCCCAGUCAGCACCAGAAAUGAGCGUAAUACCCAUUCAGUCCGGGCCAGCUCCGAACACAAUACCCUCGUCCGGAUCGAGUACAGGUGGAACGUAA